AUGGAGACGAUUCCGACGCUGCAGGACCUGCUGCAGGGGCGACAGAGGGAUGCGUCGGGGCAUGAUGGCGCGUCGAGCACCCUGUUGAUGUUCCAUGAGUUCCUGCGGCGCACACACUGCGACGAAAACCUGCAGUUUGUACUAAUGACUGACGGUUUUGUGGCGGAGCAAGCGGACCCGCCGGUAGACCCGGGGGUAUGGAACCAGAUAUACGACACAUUUAUCCGGCGUGACUCGCCGAAGGAAUGCAAUUUCCCCGAGAGCAUACGCUCGGUCUUCGACGACAGCUUCCAGAGGCAGGUGGUGCCGCAGCAGGAGCACAUCGUACGCGCGCGCAAGCAUGUGCUGAAGCUUCUCGAGGACGCAUACACGAAGUUUCAUCGGCAGCUGGUCGAGCAGGGGAAGAGCUGCGGCAAAACGCGCGUGCCGCGCGACAGCGCGUCCUCCAGCAGCUCGGGCCGCGCCUCUUUGUCGUCGGCCUCGGCUGCCCCAGCCAAUGCCACUCCCGGUCGGCCGCUGCUGAUGUCACCUGCUGAAAGCGCGCAGGCGCUGGUCCAGCCAGAAUUUGCUGUCAGCGAUGGCGAGGACGACAGCAUACCGGAGCUCAUCAGCUCCCCCACGUCCGUCGAUAGGAUGUGGUAUUCGCGGCAGCUGGCGCAGAUACCGACUAAGCGUGUGCACACGCACGUCCUGCAGGCGCCGGACCCAGCGCCGGCAGCGCAGUCAGCACUGCUGGCGCCCUGCAGUCCGCCCCAGGCCCCGGCCCGGAGCCCGAACGAGGCCGGCAUCCCCCACGCAGGCUCGGCAGCUGCAGCGGCGGUCGCCUCCACCUUCCAUAGCGCACAUCUGAUUGCGUCCCCUCUGCACAACGCCAAAAUCAGGGGAAAGAAGCAGCUUUUCAGCAAAUUCAAGUUUGGCAGGCGGAGUAGCAGCAGCGGCAGCUUGUCUAAUUGA